CCCACAAAGCAAUAUUCCAUCAAACAAGCAGCCAUGAAAUUUACCAUUACAUGUUUUCUGCUGCUUCUCUCUUGUUAUCAUCUUUCUUUCCUCGGUCCAUGCAAUGGAAACCAGAUCAACAAUCUUGAGAAAUUAAUUAAAUCCCGGAAAUCUGAGAGUCCUCCUCGUGGUGAAUCCUGGAGUACUGAGCUAGAUUUUAACGAAGAAAACGAUUUCUCACCGCAGUAUAUAAUUGGAAGCCAAGAAGGGUUGAUGGAAGCUGACAAGAUUGAGACAUUGCCGGGACAGCCGAAAGGAGUAGAUUUUGAUCAGUAUGCAGGGUAUGUAACAGUGGAUGCCAAGGCCGGAAGAGCACUGUUCUACUACUUUGUGGAGUCUCCUCAUAAUUCUUCCACCAAACCUCUGGUGUUAUGGUUAAAUGGAGGUCCAGGGUGUUCAUCUAUUGGAUUUGGAGCCAUGGAAGAGCUGGGACCUUUCAGAGUCAACACUAACGGAAAGACGCUCUACCGGAACAAAUAUGCGUGGAACAAUGUGGCGAAUGUGAUAUUCUUGGAGUCACCUGCAGGAGUUGGGUUUUCAUAUUCAAAUAGGUCUUCUGACUACAGCGACGUUGGUGACAAGAUGACGGCGGAGGACAACUACAUUUUUCUGGUGAACUGGCUAGAAAGAUAUCCCCAAUACAAAAGAAGGGCUUUCUAUAUAACAGGAGAGAGUUAUGCUGGACAUUACGUUCCUCAGCUCGCUUAUACCAUUCUCGCCAAGAACCAGAAAGCAAAACAAACUAUCAUUAACCUCAAAGGAAUUGCUAUUGGGAAUGCUUGGAUAGAUGACAAUAUAGGGACAAAGGGAAUUUAUGAGUACUACUGGACACAUGCUCUGAACUCUGAUGAAACACAUGCGGGAAUUAACAAGUACUGCGACUUUGUUACUGGUAACUAUUCAUCUAUUUGUCAACAGUAUCAAUCCCAAGGCGAAUCAGAGAUAGGAAACAUCAACGUUUACGAUAUUUACGCCCCCCUCUGCAAUACAUUAGCAAUAUCAUCCGGCUCGGGUUCAGUUGAGAAUUUUGAUCCUUGCUCUGAUGAAUAUGUGGGUUCUUACCUAAAUCUGGCUGAGGUACAAGUAGCUCUUCAUGCAAAUCCAACACAAUGGGCAGGUUGCACUUCUGUAGGAUGGAGGGACAGCCCAACAACUAUAUUACCCACAAUAAAGCAGUUAAUGGCAAGCGGGAUUAGGGUGUGGAUAUACAGUGGGGACACAGAUGCCCGAGUUCCAGUUACAUCCUCCAGGUUCUCAAUCAAUGCCCUCAAAAUCCCAGUUGAGAAAGCCUGGCGCCCGUGGUACUCUCGUAGUGAGGUCGGGGGAUUUGUAGUUGAUUACAGAGGAGUGACACUUGUCACAGUAAGGGGUGCGGGGCACACAGUACCCAGCUACCAGCCGGAGAGAGCGUUCACCAUGAUUUCAUCUUUCAUUCGUGGAAAAUUUGCUAGUUCUGAAGAGUGAAAACCACCGUCCACUUCGUGGUAAUUAGCUGCUUUUUUUUUUUUUUCUCAAAAUUCAAGCUAUUUGAAACCAGAAAAUAAAUAUCUUCUUUAUAU